AUGCCGCGCCCUCCCGACGGCAUUCGCAUCCAAGUCGCACCAGGCCUUGACGCUCGCUCCUCCUCCUCCUCCUCCUGCCAACCACCAGACAGACACAUCAUGGGCGACAUUUUCAGCCUCGCCGCCAUACGGGCCCGCCUCGCGGAGCGCGAGGACCCCGGCGCCUCAUACGGGCCAACCCUCCCACCGCCCGCGGCCGUCCAAGCCGCCGAAUCGUCUCUUCCCGACCCCCAGUCGCCCAGCUACCUCGGCGGCCAGCCAGCCUCGUCCACGGCAUCCCACAUCAUCAGCGACAUUGUCCCCGGCCUCACCGGCCAGGCCCGCUCCAGCCGGUACUACGGCUUCGUCACGGGCGGCGUGCUGCCCAUCGCCGAGUGGGCGGACAACGUGGCCUCGCGGACAGACCAGAACGUGCAGGUUCACCUGCCGGCCCAGACGGCUGCCACGGCCGUGGAACACGCCGCGCUGGAGAUGCUAGUGCGCCUGCUGAGGCUGGACGCCGACGGCGCGACGUGGGCCGGCAGGACCUUUACCACGGGCGCGACGGCCAGCAACCUUCUCGGGCUCGCCUGCGGGCGGGAGGUCGUUGUGAGCGCGAGGCUUGGCGGGCACGCCGUGGGCGAGCUGGGCUUGCUGGCCGCGUGUGCGAGCGCCGGCGUUGAGGAGAUACAGGUGCUCACGAGCGCUGGGCACAGCUCGCUUUCCAAGGCGGCGAGCGUCGUUGGCCUGGGGAGGCGGAGCGUCAAGGAGCUGCCGCUGAGCGACGACCAGCCGUGGAGGCUGGAUAUCGAUGCUCUGGAGGGCGAGUUGGGGAGGCGCGGCACGGCGAGUAUCAUCGCCAUCAGCGCGGGAGACGUGAAUACCGGCGGGUACGCGUUGCAAGGGCCUGAGGAGUGGAAGAGGGUGAGGGAGCUGGCAGAUACGUAUGGUGCUUGGAUUCACGUCGACGGCGCCAUGGGUGUAUUUGCGAGGGCUCUCGGCGACGAACCGCAACAUCAACUGCUCAAGCAAAGAACUGACGGCAUCCAACUGGCAGAUAGCAUCACACUCGACGGCCACAAGCUCCUCAACGUAACUAACCAGGACAAGCCCUACGACUGUGGCAUUUUCUUCACGCGCUCCGCGUCAACCCUUUCGUCCGUCUUUAUGAACCCCAACGCCGCAUACCUCGCCUCCUCAGCAGCAGCCACGAUCCCAUCGCCUCUGAACAUUGGUCUCGAAAACUCCCGCCGCUUCCGCGCGCUACCAGCAUACGCCGUGCUGCUCAGCGAGGGUCGUCCCGGCAUUGCCAAGCUGCUCUCCAACAUGAUUGCCUUGUGCCGCAAGCUGGCCGCGUAUCUGCGCGAGUCACCGCAUUACGAACUCCUGCCGGAUGAGAGCGCGCCGCUGGACGGCAUUUUCAUGAUUCUGCUCUUCCGAGCUAAAAGCAAGCAUGUAAAUGACGUGCUGGUCGACCGCAUCAACCGCACUAGGGAAAUGUACGUCUCCGGGACCAAGUGGAAGGGCGAGACCGCAGUCCGUAUAGCCGUGUCGAAUUGGAAGGUGCAUGUAGACCGUGACUUUGCAGUUGUGACGCAGAUAUUGGAUGCCGUGGCUGAAGGGCGAGAAUGUAGCAUCGAGAGCUCCCUCUAA